UUUCAGUUCAACUUUUGCAUGGCUCUCUGUCCAUAACUCCCUUCUCGGUACACUGUGAAGGGGUAGUUAUUUAUCAUCUUGAUCAUGGCGGAUUGGAAUCCUCAGAAAGUUCUUGAUAAGUAUGUUCAUGACUACAUGAUCAAAAAGAACAUGCAUGAGGCUGCUGAGAUAUUUGUCCAGGAGGAUAACCUUGGUGAACAUGCAGUUGCUAUUGAUUGUCCUGAGGGGUUUUUGAAAGAAUGGUGGUCUUUAUUUUGGGACAUAUACUGUUCUAGGCUUUCACAGGCCAAUGAAGUUGGUGCAGCGGAACCUUCUCCAGAGGAUAUAGUGCCACCAACCGGGAAUGUGCUACAAAAUAUCCCUCCUAUCAUGCCAAGGCCUAUUAUGCUGAGGCCACCAGUGAGUCAACAAACAGCUAGGAACAAGCAGCAAAACCCCUUUGCUUCAUUGCCAAGGCCGCAAUUGAUUCAGCAGGCCCUGAAUUCAAUGCAAACAACCUUCCCUCUUCUGUCAAGGCCGGAAAUGAUCCAGCAGCCCGUGAAUGCAAUGCAAACACCCUUUCCUAUGCUGCCAAGGCUGGAAAUGAUCCAUCAGGCCAUGAAUGCAAUGCAAACAACCUUUCCUAUACUGCCAAGGGCAGAAACAAUUCAGCAGGCCAUGGACACAAUACAAACAUCCUUUCCCAUACUGCCAAGGCCAGAAAUGAUUCAGCAGGCCAUGAAUGUAAUGCAAACAACCCGUCCUAUACUGCCAAGGCCAGAAAUCAAUCAACAGGUCGUGAGUGCGAUACCAAUGUCAAAGCUAGAUUUCUCUUCAAAUUUUGCUGUCGGUCGAGGAUUUGAUUUAACUGCUAAUUUCCAGCUUCUUGAAGUUGAAAAUAUGACUCAAAUGCUUCCAUCUUCGAGCAACUUCAGCCGACAGCACCAAAUUCCAGAGGAGAUUCAGAGGCAAAAGAUGUUUGAGAAUAUUCAACCACAGUUUGCCAGAGAUGAUGGACAUGGUUUAAAUCUUGAAACAUCCAAAGAUGCUGUCCCAGUACCUCAAGGAGCACCUCAGGCUGCAGUGCAAGAAAGAGAAGUUUUUGACGCUGGGAAGGGCAAAUCAGUCCAACAGAUUCCUGUUCACGAUCAUCUUUUGAGAGGUGUUGGCUCAUUUUCUCCUGGCAGGAGGCAACCAUACUUAUCAACUGUACCACUGCCAAACCAGCAGCAACAAACUCCAGCAUUUGGAGCCCACUAUCAACAAUAUCAUUUAGCUAAACCAGAAGUGCAGAACUCCGGAAGACUGACAUUACCAGUUUCAGGAAGUUUUUGCAAUCUGCCUAGUCGCAUGAUAAUUGAUUUUGACUUGGGGAAGGUUUUACAACUGCCAGGUAAUGAUCAAAUUGGCAGUGGAACAGUAGUACAACAACGGGUUCCUGGGUUACAAAUGGCCAAGGAAACAUUAAUCCCUGAGAAACAGCAAACUCCUGAACUAAAAUGGCACAAGUCGAAAGAGAGUGUCAAAAGCAGGAAGAAUUCAUCAAGUGUUCUGCCUGUUCCAAGCAACUUGGAUGGAAGUAAUGCAGAAGGGCAGAACACUAUGGAUGAGGACAUCCAGCUCCACAUUCCAGAUGAGAACGACAAUUGUAAUGACCUGAGUACUGCACUCAGUACCUUUCAGCAAACUUCACCUGCACUGGACAAGAGUGCAUGGAAAGGCUUCUCCUUUGGAGAAUUUGGCAGCCUUCAAUCUCCAAACAACAAGCUCCUGUCCUGUCACUUCACAUCAACGGGAAGGUUGUUGGCUGGUGCAGGAUAUGAGAAGAAGAUCCUCAUAUGGAACAUGGAAACUUUGUCAGUUGAUGUUAUGGAAGGGCAUUCUGACCCCAUCACAGAUAUUCGAUUCAGACCAAAUUCAACAGUUUUUGCGACCUCAUCUUUUGAUAAAUCUCUUCAAAUUUGGGACGCAUCAAAGCCAACAAAUCCUCCAUCUAAGCUUGAUGGUCAUUCUGAACAUGUGAUGUCACUGGAUUUCCAUCCAAGGAUGGGGGAUGUUCUCUGUUCUUGUGAUAGUAGCAACGAAAUGCGGAUAUGGAAUGUCACUAGACAAACAUGUGUUCAUACUUCUCAGGGAGGUAGUAGACAAGUUAGGUUCCAGCCGCAACGUGGGGACCUUUUAGCAUCUGCUUCAGGAAACAUCAUCAAUUUGAUCGAUGUUGAAACAAAUAAAAUCACUUACCAGUUUAAGGGACAUGAUAAAGAUGUACGCUCAUUAUGUUGGGAUAAUGGUGGGACAUAUAUAGCCUCUGUCAGUGAAGACAGUGCAAGAAUAUGGACAAUCAACUUAGGUGGAAGGUGCAUUUAUCACCUGCACUGCACUGGUAAUAAAUUUGAGUCGUGCACCUUUCAUCCUGGGUAUGCUCAAUUAAUGGUGAUUGGAACUAACCAGAGACUGGAACUCUGGAAUCCAACUGAUACCAAUAAAACACAGUCGUAUGAUGCACAUGAUGACAUAAUUGCAGCAUUAGCAGAUUCACCGCAUACAGAAACCAUUGCCUCAGCAAGUCAUGACAAUUGGCUGAAGUUGUGGAAAUGACCUUUAGUUUCUUUGUUUCUUUAUCUUUUCUAGUAUGUGAUCAUAAAUGUGUUUACUGUGGAUAAUACCUAAAGGAGACAGCUUUGUUUACUAGGAUCUGGGUGUAAAUAGAUCCAUUGGUGCUGGUAAGAUCAUCAGGAACAAAAUCUGAAGAGAUAUAGCACCAGGGAGAAGAUCAGUUUAGGCGACAAUAAGGCUGGGAUUUGCCAUGUUUUUGGAGAUAGAACUUCCAUUAUAAGGAUGUAGUAUGCACAUAUAUAAAGUGUAAGUAAUCAACCAAUUUCUCAGCUGUAUGUAAAUGUUACUUGAAUCCAGUCUUUGUGCUUUGCCA